AUGUCUGUUGCCAAUUUAUUCACGGCUAGUGUAGCUACUUUAUAUAUUAUGGAAGUAGCUAUACUAGCCUUUGCCACUGCAGGGGCAUUUAAUAUAAUAGACAUUAGAAAAUUCAAAGGACAAUACGUGGCAUUGGCUGAAAUCUUGCUUACCUCGACAGUUACUGAACUAUCACUUCAUUUCAUCAUAUUCAAGAUAUUCCUUAUACAGGUUGUCAAGUUUUGUGGUGGUUUUGCUUACUUUCUCAGCUGGCUCAUGUAUUUUGUUGAUAUCGCUACCAUUCUUGGUAUGGGAAAACUCUUUUAUGAGAUGUUGGAAGAAAAGGAAAUAGCCGAAACAGCCAUCAGAGUGAUUGAUAGAAAAGGUCACAAGGGUCUUCAAAGUUUCAUGAGUCUAGAGUUAUUCAAAAGCUUAAUGAACCCUUUCUGGAGACCUCCUAGUCUUGUUAUUCAUCCAAACAUUACAUAUGCCACCAGCGAGGAGCUUAGAGACGCGUUGGAUAAUAGCAAUCAGGAUUUUGAUCAACCUCGUAAACUCAUGUUGGAUGUCAUUGCCAGCAACAAAAAAUCAACUAAGCCAAGACCUGUUUUAAUCCAUGCUCACGGUGGAGCUUGGCGAGGUGGCAGAAAGGACAUCUUUUAUCCUUAUGAAAAACUGCUGGUUUCAGAAGAUGAUUGGAUCAUCGUCAACAUCGGAUACCGUCUGGCACCAAAGAGUGCAUAUCCUAAUCAUUUGAUUGAUGUCAAGCGCGCAAUUCGAUGGACAAGGCAAAAUAUUGCCUCCUUUGGUGGUGAUCCUGACUUUAUUGUCCUUUCAGGCGAUUCUGCAGGCGCACAUUUGGCCGUCAUGGCUUCACUUACAGUGAAUGACCCUCAGUACCAACCAGGUUUUGAACAGGUCGAUACUUCAUGUCGUGGUGUUAUUUCCAUUAAUGGUGUUCUUGACCUUAUAUAUCCCAAUAUGAUCAAUUACUUUUCAAAACAAGUUGCUAUGCUUCCCGAUGCCGACAUGGACUUUUUAAACAAGCAUUCUCCAGCUACUGUCAUUCAACAAGCUAAAGAUUGUGUGCCCUACUUGGUCUUGGCUGGUCAAAGAGAUGCCCUGGUAAACUCAGACGUGUCUGUCAAGUUCAAAAAGCAAUUUGACGAAGGACGACACAAGAAUCCAUGUACACUUGUCUUAUUCCCUGGUGGACGUCACAUCAGCUACAUCACUUGGUCCCCUCGUUCUCUUUACGCUGCCCGUAUCAUUCAAGCUUGGUGUAGACAGUUACAUAAAGAUGAACUACGCUAA